AUGGGACUUGUAGUCCCCGCGCUGGGCGAGCCCGCGGUGGCCGGCCAUCGGAGUCGUCGUCUUCCCCGUGCUGCUGGCUCGCGCGGGCACGUGCACACCUGCCUGGCACACCUGAUCGCGCAACAGACACACACGCCGCGCCUGGCCAGACUGCACCUCGCCGCCGCGGCGCUGGAGGAACUGCUUUACUUGUGGGGAAGGGCCUUUGUCUUCCCCCCAGAGGGCACCGAGAACCUCGUGAUAUUGAAGUCUACCCAAGAAGAGCCCCUCCAUAGCUUCACCUUAUGCCUGAGAUCUUUCACCAACUUGAUCCAGAAGCACACUCUUUUCUCUUAUGCCUCCGAAGACCAGUACGGAGACAUCAUCAUUUAUAAGACAUAUCUGGAUAUGGGUCCACAGUACAUGGUCAUCAUCGGGGGAGAAGAGACAGCCUUCAGAGUGCCAGAUUCCUAUCUGAGGUGGAAGUCUAGCUGUGUCACCUGGGAAUCAGAGAUGGGGGUGAUCACUCUUCGGAUCGGUGAUUUUGUCUUGGCGCGAAGAGUCCUGCAGAAGGGUUAUUGCAUUGGACCUCCUAAUGAAAUUAUGUUGGGAAACUCUUCCUAUUAUGCUGGCUUCAGUGGAGAGAUUAAAGAUGUGUACAUGUGGAAUGUUGCAAUCCCAAUAAGGGAACUGAGAACGACCUCCUGGGAUUCCGUCUUGCUGCCUCCCAUCAUCAACUGGAGAAAGCUGCACUAUGAGAUCCAAGGCAAUGUGACCCUUGUCUGA